AUGGAGACUCCAGCAGCAGGUGACGGGGUGCACCUGGCCGGGUUCAAGCCCAUAGGCUCGCCCGCGGGGUCUGCUGACCCGGACUUCUGCAGAUGGAAUGACAGGAUCAGCGUCGUGUCCACCGGGUCAGAGGUCAUCACCGGGUACGAGACUCUGGACGCGCCUCCCAACCGAGACUUCUACGUGAACACCGAGGUUUGGGGCAGACGCAGGCGCUUCAGGCCAUCGCUGUAUCAGCUGUACUCCAACCCUCAGGACGACUCCGGGCCUCCGCUGUACGAGGACACCGCCGGACACCAGGAGGACGACAGCUCUGAGGAGGAGGAGGAGGAUGAAGAGCAGAAGGAGCCGCCGCCGGAGCCGACCCGCUUCGGUUGGGUCCAGGGAGUCAUGAUCCGCUGCAUGCUCAACAUCUGGGGGGUCAUCUUGUACCUGAGGCUGCCCUGGAUCACAGCUCAGGCCGGGAUCGGUCUGACCUGGGUCAUCAUCCUGCUCUCCUCCUGCAUCACCGGCAUCACCGGCCUCUCCACAUCUGCCAUCGCCACCAAUGGGAAGGUCAAGGGAGGAGGAACCUACUUCCUGAUCAGUCGCAGUCUGGGCCCGGAGCUCGGCGGGUCCAUCGGGCUGAUCUUUGCCUUCGCCAACGCCGUCGCAGUUGCCAUGCACACGGUGGGCUUCGCUGAGACGGUGGUGGACCUCAUGUCUGAACACGGAGCCGUCAUGGUGGACAGAAUAAAUGACAUCCGCAUCAUCGGCAUUAUCACGGUCACCUUUCUCCUGGGGAUCUCCACUGCUGGCAUGGCCUGGGAGUCGAAGGCCCAGAUUCUCUUCUUCCUCGUCAUCAUGGUGUCGUUCAUCAACUACUUUGUCGGCACCGUGAUCCCGGCUUCGCCAGACAAGCAGGCCAAGGGCUUCUUCAGUUACAAAGCCGACAUCUUUGCCACCAAUUUUGUGCCCAGCUGGACCGGACCAGAGGGCAGCUUCUUCGGCAUGUUCUCCAUCUUCUUCCCUUCAGCCACCGGCAUCCUGGCGGGUGCCAACAUCUCAGGAGACCUGAAGAAUCCAACGGUCGCCAUCCCAAGAGGAACUCUGAUGGCCAUCUUCUGGACCACCCUCUCCUACAUCCUCAUCUCCGCCACCAUCGGCUCCUGCGUGGUCCGCGACGCUUCAGGUCUGUUGAACGACUCUCUAUCGCCCUCGUCUGGUGAAGCCUGUGAGGGUUUGAGUUGUCAGUUUGGGUGGGACUUCAGCAACUGCAUCAACAACAACACGUGCACCUUCGGCAUCAGGAACUACUAUCAGUCCAUGAGCUUGGUGUCGGCCUUCGCCCCGCUCAUCACGGCCGGGAUAUUCGGGGCAACGCUGUCGUCGGCCCUGGCUUGCCUGGUCUCCGCCCCUAAAGUGUUCCAGUGCCUGUGCAGGGACAGACUCUACCCGCUCAUCGGCUUCUUCGGCAAAGGCUACGGCAAGAACGACGAGCCGCUGCGAGGCUACCUCCUCACAUACCUGAUCGCCGCCUGCUUCAUCCUGAUUGCUGAGUUGAACACCAUCGCUCCCAUCAUCUCCAACUUCUUCCUCUGCUCCUACUGUCUCAUCAACUUCAGCUGCUUCCACGCCUCCAUCACUAACUCGCCAGGUUGGCGUCCGACGUUCAGGUUCUACAACAAGUGGCUGUCGCUGCUGUGCGCCCUGUGUUGCCUGGUCAUCAUGUUCCUGCUGACCUGGUGGGCCGCGCUCAUCGCCUUCGGGGUGGUCUUCUUCCUCCUGCUCUACACACUCUACAAGAGGCCUGCGGUGAACUGGGGCUCGUCCGUGCAGGCCAGCUCCUACAACAUUGCCCUCAGUCACUGCGUGAGUCUGAACCAGGUCCAGGACCACGUCAAGAACUACAGACCACAGUGUCUGGUCCUCACCGGGGUGCCCAGCAGUCGUCCGGCUCUGGUGGAUCUGGUCAGCUGUUUCACCAAGGGUCUCAGUCUCAUGAUGUGCAGCAACGUUGUGACUGUGAGUGCCGGACCCUCCUCCGUCCAGAAGCAAAGCGGUGAUGCUCAGCAGACAUGGUUGAACAAGAGAAAGGUCAAGUCAUUCUACACCGAGGUGGUCGCUACUGACCUGCGGUCUGGAGUCAACAUGCUGGUGCAGGGGGCAGGACUAGGUCGGAUCACGCCCAACGUUCUGCUCAUGGGCUUCAAACGCGACUGGCGCACCGACUCGCCUCAGGUUGCCGACGACUACAUUGGAAUAGUGCACGACGCUUUUGAACAACAGUAUGGUGUCUGCGUCCUGAGAAUGAGGGAAGGCCUGGAUGUUACUCAGCCAUAUCGCUCUUACGUGAAUCCAUGCUUCGAUGGCGGGGACGACAAGAUCAUUCCGUGUCAACUGCAAACCACCGCCACCCGCACAGCUGCUGAUGACCCUCAGGCCAGUUCACCGUUCCAAAAAAAGCAAGCGAAGAAGACGAUCGACGUCUACUGGCUGUCGGACGAUGGGGGUCUGACUCUGCUGCUGCCGUACCUGCUGACUCGCAGGAAGCGCUGGGCCAAAUGCAAAGUCCGAGUGUUCGUGGGAGGAGAUGCUGAGAAGAAGGAGGAGCAGAGAGAGGAGGUGGUGGCGCUGAUCAAGAAGUUCCGGCUUGGCUUCCAUGAUGUUCAAGUUCUUCCAGAUUUGCUUCACAACCCUCAGCCUGGAAAUGUCCACCAGUUUGAGAACAUGGUGGCUCACCUCAGGGCGGAGGAGACAAACCCCAAGAACAACUCUGGCGCGAGUCCGCACGCCCAGCCGUGGAGGAUCACGGAUCAGGACCUGGAGAGGAACAAGGCCAAGACGCUGCGGCUGAUCCGUCUGAACGAGGUCCUGCAGGAGUCGUCCAGAGAGGCCGCCCUCGUCGUGGUCACCAUGCCGGUGGGACGCCGAGGCCUGUGUCCCAGCUUCCUCUACCUGGCCUGGCUGGACUUCCUGUCACGAGACAUGCGAGCCCCGGUUCUACUGGUCCGAGGGAACCAGGAGAACGUUCUGACACUGUACUGCUAA